CACAGAUGGUCAAUCAUCAACAGUCGUCCGGCUCACUCAAGCAUUUGAUAACCACAGACUUUCAGUUUUCAGCUCAAAACAAAACACUAAAAUGUUCCGCUUCAUCGCUGUGUUCUUCGCCCUGGUUGCCAUGGCUUUCGCUGCUCCUGGCUACAUCGAGCCCUCUUACGGAGUGGUUCCUGUGGUGAAGUCUGUUCCGGUGGUGCAACAUGUUCCGGUGGUGCAGCACGUCCCAGUGGUGAAGCACGUCCCAGUGGUGCAGCAUGUGCCUGUCCUGAAGUCCUACGGUGUGCCCGCCUACGGACACCACAUCUACCACGGUUAGACUAGCACAACCCUUUUUGAAUCGACUCGGCAUCAAUAAACUACCAAACAAAUCGAA